AUGACAUCAUACAUUGUAACGGCAACGCUAAAACAGGUGGUCUCGCAUUACACAAGUUUCAAGACUCGUGUUGAUCACCACAUCGUCAUCCAUGCCCAAAUCGAAUGGAGACUGCUCGAGCCAAAUGCGCUGGCCCUGCAACUCAAGGUGGAUGGCAGAGCUGAUCAAAUCGGGAGCAAGAUUGAGUCGAUAUGCCACUGGAUAGACGCAACAUCUAAACAGUCGAAAGAGAGAUAA